AUGGCCUCCGCUGACGUCGAGACUCCCGUAGCCGACCUAAUCCCCGCGCUCCCAGACUAUCUCAUAGACCCGAACGCGGUCCUUGGCGACGUCGAAGCGACCUGGCGAUAUGGGAAACCACCAGACUACUCGAACACUCGGACAGUGUUUGAAGAGACAAAAUCAAAAACGCACCCAGCAACCACCCUCCCCUCCCUCGUCCAGAACCUCGUCAAGAACUGGGAAGUCGAGGCCUCCUUCAAGCCCGACCUGCGCGACUGGCGCACGAUUGAUCACGCCAACUAUUCCUUCGCUAUAAACGGCGGUCCGGCCCAAUCGGCUGAGCACAUGCUGAAAGUGGGGACGUACAACGCGAUUGUGUGCCCGAAUGAGUAUUAUAGCCCUGAGCACAGCGAUUUCGCGACGAGCCAUAAGACGUUUAAGCGCAUGAUGCCGACGUUCGCGUGGGAGGUGCUGGAGGUGUAUAGUGGGCCGCCGCAGGUUGCGUUUCGGUGGAGGCAUUGGGGGGUUAUGGAAAGGGAUUAUGUGGGGUUUAAUGAUAAAGGAGAAAAGGUUACCGCGAAAGCCCAUGGCGGCCCGAUUGAUAUCCAAGGUGUGACAGUAGCGACCGUGGAUGAUAAAGUUCGGCUGCGGAAAGUCGAGACGUGGUUUGACCCUAUGGAGAUGUUCAGGCAGAUUGCGCCGAAGGGGGUUGUGAAUAAGGAGAUUGUUUCUGAGAAAGAGAAGGCGGCGGACUCGGAGGAAGAGGAAAGCAAACCCUCGACGAAAGGAACGCAGGUCUCUCAAAAGCACCCGCACAAUAUGGAAGAGACGGUCAAACCGGCGCCUGGGGAGGCUGGUGUUGCCCCUGCUGGGGCCGAAGAGGUGAAGUUGACGCAGGAAGAGAUGUCAAAUAUUACUCCGGCUGAGUUUCCAGAUCUGAUGAACAAGGAGUAG